GGAGGGGGACGAGUGGCAGCGGCUGCGGCGGCUGCUGGGGCGGCUGCUCCUGUCCCCGGGGGUGGCCUCGUCCUUCGCGGGGCCGGUGGCCGCCGUGGUGACCGACCUGCUGGGGCGGCUGCCGGCCCAGCGCCAGCACCACCAGCACCCCCAGCACCUGGUGCAGGAUCUGGCCACCGAGUUCUGCAAGUUCGGCCUGGAAGGCAUCUCCUCCAUCCUUUUCUCCUCCCGCCUGGGCUGCCUGGAGCAGGAGGUCCCAGGGGACACAGAGACCUUCCUGGGGGCCAUCAGGACCGUGCCCGUGUUCCUGCUGCCCCUGCCCACCAUGGCCCUGCCCCGGCCCCUCCUGCGCCUGCGACCACCCCCCUGGAGGAGCUUCUGCCAGGCCUGGGACUACGUGUUCACCUUUGCCAAGGGUCACAUUGACCGGCGUGUGGCUGAGGUGGCUGCUCGGGGGGAUGUGGCAGGGGAUACAUGUGUCACCGACCAGCUGGCCCGGGAGAAGGUCCCCAUGGAGGUGAUCUACGGGAAUGUCACCGAGCUGCUGCUGGCCGGGGUGGACACGAUCUCCAGCACUCUGUCCUGGAGCCUGUACGAGCUGGCCCGGCACCCCUGGGUGCAGGACGCCCUGCACCGCCAGCUCGUGGCCACCGUGGCCAGUGGGCAACCGGCCAGCGCGCUGGGCAGUGUCCCCCUGCUGAGGGCUGUGGUGAAGGAGACCCUCAGGCUCUAUCCUGUCAUCCCUGGAAAUGCCCGCGUUGUCCCUGACCGGGACAUCCAGGUGGGCGAGUUCCUGGUGCCACGGGAGACCCUCAUCACUCUCUGUCAUUACGUCACCUCCCGGGACAGCCGCUACUUCCCCUCCCCUGACUCCUUCAUGCCGGAGCGGUGGCUGCGGGGGGGGACAAGUCCCCAGGGAUGUCCCCAGGGCCCCCCCCGGGGUCCCCCCCACCCCUUUGCCUCCCUCCCCUUCGGCCUGGGCAAGCGCAGCUGCGUGGGGCGACGUGUGGCCGAGCUGGAGCUUCACCAGGCGCUGGCACAGAUCCUGCUGCACUUCGAGGUGCGUCCAGAGCCUGGUGGGUCCCGUGUCCUUCCCAUGACCCGGACCCUGCUGGUCCCCGAAGCCACCAUCAACCUCCAGUUCCUCACCCGGUGA